AUGAAAAACUAUGUGUACGAUGAAAGUAAUGGACAAGUUGUACUCAAAAUACGACCUGAGCCAAAUAAUCAAUUUUAUAGAAAAAUAGUCGUCCACCCAAAUGGGACUUCACUUGUUUAUAAUGAUUUUGAAAACGGAAAAGUUACAUUUAGGAACAUGGGUGUUGAUGGUGGUGAUUUUGUGUUGAUAACUGACUAUUCAGAUGAUCAUUCUUUAAGCAAAACUUCAGAAAAGCAAAUUGAUGAUGAAAUAAAAAAAGACAGAGAACUUUUUGUGAAUCAAAAACAAAUCGUCAUUAAGAAAUUAGAAAGUUUAAUUGCUUGCAAAGAAAAAAUUCAAAAGACUGAAAUCGAAUUUAAAAUAGAAGAUCAUAAAAUGAAAGAACUUAAGUCGAAUAUAAUUUCCGCAACAACUCUUAACGAGUUAAGAAAAGUACUGCAAUUUAAAAAGUCGCAAUUAGAUCGUCUUUUAGAUAAUUAA